AUGCCGCAGUACGUAGCCCCACCUGCCAACGACUGUUGCUGUAGAUGUGGUACCCCAUGUGCAUUCAAGGCCCGCCGCGCACGGACGAUGGGCUCGAAAUUGUUCGAGCUGGGGAGCCACGAUGAAGAGGAGGAGCUCGACCCGACCUGCUCGAGCAAGAAGUUGAAGCAGGUUUUAUCGGAGUUCAUGACCAACGACCCGAGCGAGUCGAAACGCGCCGUCCAGCGUGAGGCCGAGGCCCGACUGUUUGGAAAGUUCAACGUCAUCUGCGCGGCCGGAGACUUCAGCUACGUCGCCUACACGGACACCUACUGCCAGGCAUCAACGGGUGAUGUCACCUGCUACGUCUUCCGACCCAUG